CGUCAGUGGUUUUACCAUGGAGUUGGGGAAAGUUCAUCUGAAUUUAAAGACAGUACUGCUGACGAUGAUGAUGUUCAAAUGGGGAAUUCUCUGCACAGCCACUUCAGACAAAUGUUUGUCUGCACCCUGCCAGAAUGAAGCUACCUGUGUGGACACUAUGGAUGAUUAUGCAUGUAUCUGUGCCAGGGAGGGGAUUCGAUACAUGGGAAAAAACUGUGACAAACUCUAUGAUGCCUGCUCCUUUGCUCCAUGUGAUGACUGCACCAGCACCCCUGGCAGCACAGAGUACCACUGCAUCUGCCCAGAUGGACUAACAGGUGAUAACUGCACAGAGGAGGUAGACGAGUGUCUGAGCAAUCCAUGCUCCGAACCUCGCUCUUUGUGUGUUGACCAGCAAAAUGGAUAUUUCUGCAGAUGUCCUGCUGGGUAUGGAGGUUGGGACUGCAGGACACAUGUGACUGACUGCAUUGAUGAACCCUGCAGGAACAAUGGGACUUGUGUUUUGCGACCAGAGGGUUUUGAAUGCAGCUGUGCACCAGGGUUCGAGGGGAAGACCUGUGAGGAAGACGUGAAUGAGUGCUUAUCGAAACCCUGUCAGAAUGGGGCUAUCUGUAUAGAUGGAGUUGCAGAGUUCCACUGCUUCUGUGUGCCUGGUUUUCAGGGUUAUAACUGUGAAAUCGACAUUAAUGAGUGUGCUUCACGACCCUGUGAGAACAACGCCACUUGCAUCAAUGAGAAGGACCACUAUGAGUGUGAGUGCCUGGUGGGCUUUGCAGGAGUCAACUGUGAAAUUGAAAUAGAUGAGUGUGAGUCCAGCCCCUGUCACAACGGAGCCACCUGCCAAGACCUGAUCGGCAUGUACUCCUGUGUGUGUCUGCCUGGGUUUCAUGGCAUCAACUGUGAGGUUGAUGUUGAUGAGUGUGCGAGUGAGCCCUGUCAGAAUGGAGGUGUCUGCCAUGACAUGGUGAACAGCUAUGAAUGCGACUGCAGUGAAACAGGAUUCCAGGGUGACUACUGUGAAAUCGACAUCCCUGAGUGUGCUUCUGAUCCCUGUCAGCAUGGUGCCUCAUGCUUAGAGGGAGUCAAAGGAUACAGUUGUCUCUGCUGGCCAGGUUAUGACGGACCAAACUGUGAAAUUGAUAAAGAUGAGUGUGCAGACCAGCCCUGUGAGAAUGGUGGGGAGUGUUUUGAGCGUUCAGAUCCGUCUCACUGGGAGCUGGACUGGGAGCUCAGCUUUGCAGAUGCAGCCGGAUAUAUCUGCCAGUGUCAGCCAGGGUUUGCAGGAGAGAACUGCUCUGUCAAUAUUAAUGAAUGUGAGUCUGAACCAUGCCAGAAUGGAGGCACUUGUGAGGAUAAGAUCAACGGCUACACCUGUACAUGCUCAGUUGGAUUUCUAGGUGAGCUAUGUGAAGUGAACAUCAAUGAAUGUGAGAGUCAGCCCUGUCAGAAUGGUGGCUGGUGUGAAGACGGCAGGGCAUCCUACACCUGCCACUGUCCUGAGGUGGAGCCAGGUGAACUUCCCUGGGGAGGUGAUCGCUGUGAUGUGAAGCUCUACGGCUGUGUGGAUCAUGAAUGCCAGAAUGGAGCCACCUGCCACCCGUGGCUGGAGGAUGGAGAACACGGUCACACAUGCUUGUGCCCUCAUGGCUUCUAUGACGAGCAGUGCUCCACGAGAACAACAUUCUCCUUUUCCACUCCUGGAUUCAUUCACAUCCAAGUUCUUCUGGAAGAAAGGACCCGGAGGGAAGUUGAGCACCCUGUGCACCAUGGUUUUGGGAUACAGCUACGCUUCCGGACAACUUUACCCAAUAUGUUGCUCUUCUACAGAGGGGAUGUGGACAAUAACCUCAUCUUGGAGAUUGUGAACGGUGGUCUUCAUGCAAAAGCCUUUUCUGAGGAGUCUGAACUGGAUGUAACAUUUCCGGGUUUGGUUAGUGAUGGAGACUGGCGGGAUGCACAUGUGUUUGUAAAUAAUGAAGGCCUGGUUUUGAUUCUGAAAGGCCCUGGCUGUGACAGGGAUGGAUGCAGAGUUACAGAUGGUGGUGCUGAUGAACCACCUUUCCAGCCCACUGAAGCCUUCACUCAGGUUUAUGUAGGUGGAGCACCAGAAGAACUUUUAGAGUACUCUUUAAGUGGUGCAGGCUUCACUGGAUGUAUGGAAGACCUGAUGAUCGACUCUAAGCUGAUCCUACCACAAACACUUCCAGAGGAUCAAGGCCAUGGGCUGGGAUGCAGUAAGACUGAAUGGUGUAAUCCUGGCCCCUGCCAUGGACACGGACGCUGUGUGGACCUGUGGACCAGCUAUCAGUGUGACUGCUACCGUCCCUUUCACAGUGAGAGCUGCUCUGAAGAAUACCCUUCAUGGACAUACAGCCAUGAGGACACAAGGAGUUUCAGCACAUAUGAUGUAGGUAAGAGCUACGGGAGCAACUUCAACGUGUCCUUCUUCCUGAGGUCAUUGAAGCCAGACGGACUGCUGUUCCAGCUGAGGAGACCCACAAAGGAAGAGGGAGGAGAGGUCUACUUCUCCAUCUACCUGGGGAUGGGGAGGGUAUUUGUCAGCUCUCUGACCAACAGUGCCCCAUUGACAGCUCCCAUAUUUGUCACUACUGGCGAGAAGCAGCUUCUACAGGUGGAAGUCAAACACAGACAGGUGACCUUUGAGCAUGCAGGCCUUCGUUAUGGAAUAGGACAGAUCCCUGAGGUGAAUAUUUACAGCGGGGAUCAGGCCUUUGUAGGAGGACUUCCAGGAGACUGGGACUCUGACGUGUGGGGAGGGCAUUACAAAGGUUGCCUGCAGGACCUCCGUUUGGACUCAGUUCAUCUAGAUGUGGAUGCCUGGAACAGCUCGGAUGAGGAAGAAGUGUAUUUACCAAAUGAUGCUGAAAAUGUAAAAAAUGGCUGCAUCAGUGAUGAUACUUGCAAGAUGAAGCCUUGUCAAAAUGGAGGGGAAUGCACCAUCACAUUCAACGAUUUUACAUGUUCCUGUCCAGAGGAAUACACCGGAAAGACCUGUGAAACACGUGUGUGGUGUGUUAGUGAUCCUUGUGUCAAUGGCGGCCAUUGUGUGGACCUUCAUAACGGAUAUGAAUGUGUCUACAAUGCCACGUUUGAGAACAACCCUGUGCACUACAGUGCUGGAGGCUCCCUGGCUGAACCUGUUUCUGACAUAUACAUGGAGAUGCGCACUCAUUCAGAGAACGCUGUGCUCCUGAGGGCCUCUUGGGGCUCUGACCUGCUGAUGGUAGGGCUGCUGGACUCUUCAGUGCGAGUGGAGAUCCACAUUGGCAACAGUGUCGAGACACUGACCUUUACAGGUGUUCGUCGAGUGGCUGACGGGAACUGGCACCGUGUCAACAUCUCAAUGGCUGAGAAGAAGCACAAAGCCUCUCCCUGGGUCAUCACUGUGGAUGGGAUCACAGACGCCAGCAGCAUGCCGGAGCGUACAGGAAGCCUUCGCUUUCUCAAUGAAAAAGGAGCCAUGUUGGCUAUCGCAGAGAGCUUUACUGGCUGCUUGGGUGCAGUGAGGGUUGGCAGAGUCUACCUCCCUUUUGUGGAUGACUAUAAAGCCCCGCAGCCAUCUCAGUUCCACUUAGUUGGAAAACCAAAGAUUCAUCUGGGUUGUAGCAGCGCCCCUGUUUGUGAAUCAGAUCCUUGUCUAAAUGGAGCCACUUGUGAAGACAUCUUUAAUAAAUUCCUCUGUAUCUGUGACCUAGGUUGGGAUGGGGAACUGUGUGAGAUCGACACUGAUGACUGUUCAUCUCAGCCCUGUGUUCAUGGAAGCUGUAAGGACUACUUAGCUGGUUUUGAGUGUCGUUGCCACCUUGGAUAUGCUGGCAUACUCUGUGAUGAGGAUCUAGAUGAGUGUGAGCAUCAUGCCUGUGAACAUGGAGGCACCUGUCAGGAUGGACCCAACAUGUACACCUGUAUUUGCCCCAAGGGUUACAGUGGCCCUCUCUGUCAGUGGGACUAUCCUCCAAUACAGUGUGGUGAGGAUGUCCAGUGUGAAAAUGAUGGUGUCUGCAAUGAUGGGCUGUGGGGAGCUAACUGUACAUGUGUGCCAGGAUUUACAGGUAGCAGGUGUGAAUCGGAGAUUGAUGAGUGUCAGUCAAACCCCUGUCGAAACGGUGGUUCCUGUUUAGAUCGAUUCAACAUGUUUGUGUGUGAAUGUCCACCUGGCUACAGCGGUCCAAUCUGUGACACUAAUAAACAAGCCCAUAAACAAGGAAUCCCCUGGCUGGUGGUAGCCAUCCCGCUCCUCUGCUUCUGCAUGUUGAUACUGAUCAUCGGCUUGACCUUCAUGGUGCUCACGGCGAGGAAGAAGCGCCAGUCAGAGGGUGCAUACAGCCCAAGCACUCAGGAGGUGGCUGGAGCUCGGCUGGAGAUGGACAGCAUGCUCAAAGUCCCACCAGAGGAGAGACUCAUCUGACACAAAGGCUGAGGACAGAUGGGUGUUUGAGGUGAUCUGAGCACCACAGGCAGGUACACACUAUAAGACUCAAAGACCCUUUGAACACCUGGGCUGAACUCAAUGGCAUAUGUUGUAGGAAGCCCCCUCCUGGUGGUGACCAGGUACUGACCCAGUGCUACUGCUCUGUACGUUACUUCAUUUCAUAAAAUGUGUUCACCGUCUAGGUGCUGUGUUUCUGACAAAGGAUAUCUGAGGAACAAGCCCCAUGUCCCUGUGUUGUAUAACUCUACACAUUGUAGUUUGUCUGUGGCAGAGCCUUAACCAAUUUAAAAGUAACUCCAACUAGUACAUAGAGGACAACUAAAGGGCUCUCUUUCCAGAAUCAUGGCAUUAUGACAGCUGACCACCACAAAAGCACAAAAACUAUGGAAAAUGGCCUCUGUUGUUUGAAUAGUCAAAAGACCAUGGCACAGUUGUGCUGCUGGAGACUGGGUUGCAUUAGUUGGAAAGCAUUACCAUUAGAUGUUAGCAGCAUCCAGCACAGUCCAGCCAAUACACAGGGCUCUUAGGCUGCAGUUGCUGUAUUGACCACUACGUACUGGCUCUAAAACUUUAUUGGAGUGAUCAGAAUAUGUAAUUUUUCCAGUUUUACUAGUAAUGUUGGCCUUGGUGAUGAUUUAAUUUGUGCACAAAAAAAAAGUGUAAAAAUGCUGAAAACAGACUUGGUUCACAAAUGAUGAUGCACAUGAGGCAUGUGACUCAGUUAAACACCACACAAGCUUCCACUGAAGAGAUGGAAACAUCCCACCCCACAGCUCUUUGAAUUCAUCUUUAUCAUCUUGUUGUGUCCUCCCCACCAUCUGUUUAUCUCAGUGAACCCCUAAUGUUCACAAAACUGUGGCUGGUUGCAGCUUACUCCUCCAACAUCAGCUAAACUUAGACUGUUUUCACAGCAUACACGCCUGCAUAAUUUUCAUAAGGUAGAAAGUAGGAUUAAGAGCAUCACAUAAAGCAUUACUAUGCUUUAGAACAGCUAACCAGGAUGCUACAGAGUGCAUUGGAAUGUAGGAUUGGAGAGCAGCUUCAUAACCCUUGAAACUCAAAAAAAAAUACACAAAAUGACAUCUGCAGUGUUCUCAGCUGUAAAAUUGGCACUGCUGUCACACUGUAAAGCAGGAUUUAUAUUUCUGCAUCAAAUCGACACCGUACCUAAACUGUAGCCUGACGUGCAUCUCCCCAGAAAUGUAAAGGCGAAUUUAUACUUGUGCAUCAGCUCUAUGCACAGCCUAUGCUGUUGUCAACAUUUAUACUUGUGCAGUGGUGUGUCACUCUGCAGUU